AGUCAUAGACAUAAGAGAGAUAGACUGCGUGUGUAGGUUAGCAUAAGUGGCACCCUGUUAGAGAAAGACAGACUCUCUUAUGUCAAUGUGUAAGACAAAGACACCAUACCUUCUAUUAAUGCUUGGUAUAUGGAAAGAAGGUAUGUUGUCUUUCUCUAAUAGGGUGCCACUUUUGCAAACCUACACACGCAGUCUAUCUCUCUUAUGUCUAUGAUUACACCUAUGCACACAGAACAGCGUCUGCUGCAGUCAAAAGUUUUCACACCUAUGCAGUGUACAUAUAACCUCAAUUUUCGCGUACGCUAUUUGUUGUUUUUCGCGUACGCUAUUUAUUACUUUCGCGCGCGCAAUAUAAUUGUUUUUCGCGUACGCUAUUAUUGUUUAUCGCGUACGCGAGUUGAACCUCGGCGAGGUCUUGGUUAUUUCGCGUGCGCUAGAUAUCUUUUCGCGUACGCGCUAUCGGCCGCGGAGACAGACUCUAAAAAACUAUUGACUUUCAAAUUAAAGAACAAAAUGUUCUAUUUAAUUUCAAAAAUAGAAUACACUGAGAAAAAAAUAAAGUUAGGGUUACUUGAUAGCACAAAGUAGCCACAACCGGAGAGUCUCCGGUAGCCACAACCGGAGAGUCCGGUAGCCAGAGCCGGAGUCCAACAUAACCACUAAAUUUUACAAACAAUGUAGAUGCGGUAGCACGAGUUCGAAAAUUCAUCUACUCUGGCCUAUGGAUUUUGUCCGGUACUGGCUACCGGACUUUCUCCGGUUAGGGUUACUUGACAAUGCUUACUUGAGCAACUCCGGUAGUGGCUACCGUACUCUCCGCAAAAUUUAAAGAAACAGAUCGAGUAAAAUAAUAUAAAUAAUGUACACAAAUAUAAUAUAUAACCCAGAUGGAAAAUAUCAUUAGUACUUUAACGCAGAUUAAUAUAGAAUUAUAAACAUAUAUACCAAACAAUGACAUACCAAAUCGUAUGUAGUCGCUCAAGGAUGCACUUAAAUAUGCAGAGCAUAGGACUACAUGUAUGAUAUAAGGAAAUACUCUGAAGUAACAGUCUCUUACAAAAAACUCUGAAGAUAUACUGAAAAAUGUACGGAAAUCUUACGCAAAGGUAUUAAAUAUGGAUAUACAGCAUUGUACAAGGAGCUCUGUUAAAAGGUCUGCUGAUAUAGAAAGUGAAGGUGCAAUUAAUGCAAAGAAGAAACAUAAAAAUACACAGCCAAAAAACGCUGUCUGUGCUUUAAAUGAGCUCAAAGCAGGAGCUACUUACAAAGUUGUUUCACAGACGGGUCCAACACACGCUCCAAUUUUUACGAUUGCUGUACAAAUCGAUGGACAAAGUUAUGAAGGAAAAGGACGAACAAAAAAAAUGGCUAAACAUGCUGCUGCUGAGCUUGCUUUACGAAAUAUUGUACAGUUUAGAAAUACUCCUGAAGUUCAUCAGGCAAUCAAUUCCUCACAUUCAACUAUUCCUGUUGAACCAGACUUCACUAGCGAUGUGACUGAACGAGAUCUUAUAAAUGCUUUUAAAACAUUACCUCAAGAACCAAAAAGUACAAACAAAUUUCUUGAUAAAGGUCCUGUAGCUUUAAUUAAUGAGCUUUAUCCAGGUGUUGUAUAUAAGUGCUUAUCAGAUGCUGGUGAAAGUUAUGCAAAAUUUACGGUAGCUGUUACCAUAGAUGGUGAAAUUUUUGAAGGAACCGGGCCUAGCAAAAAAUUAGCUAAAGCAGCAGCAAGUAAAGCAGCUUUAGCAAAGUUACGAAAUGUUCACAGCUCUUCAUUUUACAUUCCAGUGCCAAUUAAAAUUUUGCCUAAUUACAUUAGUUCUGGGAAUUGGCAAGAGCAAAUGAGUUUGCCACAAAUGCUUGCUGAUAAAAUUGGAAAGUUAGUUAAUCAGAAGUUUUCAGAAUUGAUGCAAAACAAACCCCAACACGCUAGGCGUAAAGUUCUAGCUGGCGUUGUUCAAACUAGAGGAGCUGACAUGGAAUUAAUAUCUGUUGCAACUGGGACAAAAUGUGUUUCUGGAGAACAUUUGAGCGUCAGUGGACGUGCUUUAAAUGAUUGUCAUGCUGAAGUUAUUGCAAGACGUUGCUUGUGUGAAUAUUUGUACAGACAAUUAGAUUUACAUACUGAAAAUCAAGCUUUGGAUUCAGUCUUUGAACCUGGAAGAAAAGGGUAUAAACUUAAAGCUGGAAUUCAAUUUCAUCUCUAUAUAAAUACAGCCCCUUGUGGGGACGCCCGAAUUUUUUCUCCCCAUGAAGAAAGUGAUUCUAUUGAUAAACAUCCAAAUAGAAGAGCCAGAGGGCAAUUAAGAACAAAAAUAGAAUCUGGCGAAGGAACCAUUCCAGUAAAAAGCAGUGAAGGUAUUCAAACAUGGGAUGGGGUACUAAUGGGUCAAAGAUUGCUGACUAUGUCAUGUUCUGAUAAAAUUGCACGAUGGAAUGUGUUGGGAAUCCAAGGUGCACUUCUCAGUCAUUUUAUUGAACCAAUAUAUUUUCACAGUAUAGUUCUUGGAAGUUUGUUAAAUCCAAGUCACAUGUAUCGUGCCGUCUGUGGGCGCAUAGAAAAUACGAUUCAGGGUUUACCUCCACCAUACAGAUUAAACAAACCACUGAUGAGUUUAAUUACCUCAUCUGAAGUAAGGCAGCCUGGAAAAGCUCCAAAUUAUAGCGUUAAUUGGACGUCUGGACAACCAGAAGCGGAAAUUAUCAAUUGCACGACCGGUAAAGACGAGUUAGGAAAACCAUCAAGAAUUUCCAAGCAAGGUCUUUUUAAAAAAUUUUAUCAUCUUAUAGGAAAAAUAAAAGCAAUCGAUGAUAUAGAUGAAACAAUUUGUCAUAACUAUUUAGACGCUAAGACAUCUGUCCAAGACUAUUCGCUCGCAAAACGGCAACUGAAGGAUGCAUUCAUUAGAGCGCAACUAGGUACGUGGGUCAAAAAGCCUAUGGAACAGGAUAUGUUUGAAGUCGAGAUCUAAUUCCUGAAGACUAUUAUCAGAAAGCAAAAAUUAUUUGCUACUAUUCUUACUUUACAAAUUAAUAAAUUAAUUUUGAAGUCAAAUAUAUUUACUAGAAAUUUACAAUUAUUACUGACUUACCGUGUUAUUAAAACGAUUUUCAAUAUUAAUAUUAGUCCAUUAUAAUGUAGAUGAGUAAUUAUUCACAGAUAAAACAAAGACAUUUUAUCUUUUUAAA